CCCCGGAUCGGAAACUUCCGGCGAGUGGCCAGGAAGACCCCCGAGCCUGUAGAAGGGGGAGGUUAUUAAAACGCGCACACUUCCGAGGCUGUCAGUAGUUGCGGGGGAGUGAGGGACAUGGCGGAGGAAGGCUGUGAACCGGCUCCGGGGGAGAGAGGUGGGGUGUCUAAGUGGGUCCGGCUCAAUGUGGGGGGGACGUGCUUUUUGGCAACCCGACAGACCCUGUGCAGGGACUCCAAAUCCUUCCUGUACCGGCUGUGCCAGGCGGACCCGGACCUGGACUCUGAUAAGGAUGAAACCGGUGCCUAUAUAAUAGACCGGGACCCCACAUACUUUGGGCCAGUGUUGAACUAUUUGAGACACGGGAAGCUGGUGAUAAACAAAAACCUAGCAGAAGAAGGUGUUUUGGAAGAAGCCGAGUUCUACAAUAUCACAUCAUUAAUUAAGCUUAUAAAGGACAGAAUAAGAGAGAGGGACAGUAAAACAUCACAGGUGCCAGUUAAACAUGUUUACAGAGUGCUGCAGUGUCAGGAGGAAGAGCUCACUCAGAUGGUCUCCACAAUGUCUGAUGGCUGGAAGUUUGAGCAGCUGGUCAACAUUGGUUCUUCCUAUAAUUAUGGAAACGAAGACCAGGCAGAAUUUUUGUGUGUGGUCUCCAAAGAGUUGCACAAUACCCCAUACGGCACAUCUAGUGAACCUAGUGAAAAGGCAAAGAGUGAGGACGAAGAGACGGAUUACGAUAUGAAUGACUCAGAUUAAGUUUUAUUAUGCUGAUUUUGCAAGAACGAGGCUCCCGCAUAUGAAGAAUUUUGAAAGAAACUUUUUUUUUUCCCCCUCCUAUACAGUUUUGUUACAAGCAAAGAAAUAAGCGUUGGGGAUCUACCACAAGAUGCCUGCUUUAGGUCCUGGAAUUUGUUGGCCAGUUUUUGUUUUUACUUUGAAAGUUGUUUUUUGGAUGGAAGCUUCAGUAUUUAAUGUGUAUUGAACAGGAACCUCCAUUAAGUGGGGGUCUAUUGCCUAUUUUUCUACCAGCCCCUAAAUUGUUUUCUUCUCUGUACAAUAUUUUUUGUACAGCAUUGAUACUGAAAAUUGGUAAACUGACAGUCCUGUACAUUUAAUUCUGCUGUUUGUUGUAACAUAAUGUACGUACUGUGAUGGUAUACAUGAAACAGUUUGCAAAAAUUCAGUCUGGUCACCAUGGGGGAUGUUGCUGCUCUACACUGGACCUCUAGUUGGCAACCAUACCCUGCAAACCGAUAAAACGUAAAGCAGUUUCAACUAAGGUGGAUCCCCAAAACAUAUCGGCAAAGGGAAUGCGGACCCUGUCUAUGUAAUCUGCAUUGGUCAAUUGUUUCUUCCAGAGAAACGCUUCUUCCUUGACAAACUGAAACAAUUUUUUUUAUAUAUAUAUUUUUUUUUUAAAGAAACUGUUUUUGUGAUGUAAAAGUAUGCUAUUCUCUUCUAACAGGUCAAUAUAAAUGUCACAAAUUGCAUGUACGGUGGACAGAUUAUCUGCCUAUAGGCUGAACUUGCUAAUCGGUUUCUUUCUAAUGUUUUCCAAAAGAGCAAGUCUGAAAAACUUUUUAGGCUUAGAUGAUGCUGUGCCAAAUGCAGUAACCCAUAGCAACCCAAUUUAAAUUUACUGAAAUGGAUUUUUUUUUUAAGGGCCACUGCAGUCCAACACAUCAGUUUUUGACUUAUUUGAUGGGUCUCCUUGCUGUAACAAAUCAAGUCAUCUCAAACCUCCCUCGUUACCCAACAUGAAACCUGGAGCAGAGUAUACAUUAUAAAAGGAACUCCUUUAUUAAGUGCAUCAGCUAAAGUAACCCCAAAAGAGAACAGUAUAAUUAACCGGUCCAUUCAUACCAGUGCACUAUGACGUGUGUUGCUGCACCAUACAGUUACGAGUAUCAGUUCUCUUGGAAAGAGAGCCCAAAGCAUCUGCUUUGCAGUGUCCACACACUACAUUUCGGUACACUGUUGGUCUGUUGUGGUACGUUGGCAGCUGAUUCAAAUGAUGGAUUCACUGGGGCUUCAAGGGAUUGCAUUAUGUUCAGGCAGAAUGAAUGACAUUUUAUAUGUGGUGUAGAAACACAAAUUGGCCUAACGCAAAAGGAAAGAUGCACAUAGUAACCAGACUUUAAUGCAAUUUGCCCACUAGAAAUCUGUUGCACAUCUGCUCUUACAUCUGAGGAGCCAUGUUUUUUUUUUUUCUGCUGGACAAAUGGCCUGUUUAUGCUGUAUUCACACAGGCAGCAAUUGCUAUUUUUUUAAGCCUCAUUCACACGGGCGGUAAUAAAAAGCAGUUCAGCCGCUUUUUACUGGCCACCUAAACCCUAGCAAAGCAGUGCAGAGAGUUUGAAGCUACAACAAAUUUAUCUUGGCUUGACAAAUUUAAUAGGCAGCACUGCCUGUCAGACUGGGCCACUGAAGUCAUUGGGGUAAAUUUACUAAACCUGGUGCACUCAAUCUGGGGCAGCUGUGCAUAGUAACCAAUCGUCUUCAAACCUCCAGCUUGUUUUUAAUUAAGCUUUGGCUAAAAAUAAAA